CGAAUUGGUCCAAGCGCUUCACUCGGUUCUUAGAAAACGUCCGUUGAUUCUGUUAUUUGUACAAAAUUCAAAAAAUGAAUCGAAACCCGCGAAUGUCAAAAUUUCAACCAAAUCCUCGUAGUCGCAGUCGAUUUCAAGAUGAAACAGAUUUGCGUUCGCUCAGAAGUUUCAAAACCGAUUUUUCAAAUUAUCUCGCAAGUGACACUAACUUUCUGAAUGUUGCGGAAAUUAUGACAUCUUAUGCUUACGGAGAAAGCAAUAAUGCACACGAAAAAGAAAUUCAGUGCGAUCUUCUGACAGAAAACGGUGGUAUUGAAAUUGACCCGACAAGAUUAUCUUACAGAGAAAGAAUAAGAUGGCAUUUACAACAGUUUUGCUAUAAAACAUCUAGUCAUGGUAUUCCAAUGCUUGGGCAAGCUCCAAACAGUUUAUACAGAGCUGCAUGGGUAUUCUUGCUUCUAAUCUGUGCUAUACAAUUUAUCAAUCAGGCGGUCGCUGUGAUUCAGAAGUAUCAGAAGAUGGAUAAAAUCACGGAUAUACAAUUGAAGUUUGACACAGCGCCCUUUCCUGCAAUUACUCUUUGCAAUUUGAACCCGUACAAAGAUAGUGUCAUCAGAUCACAUGACAGUAUUAGUAAAAUCCUUGGUGUAUUCAAAAGUGUUAUGAAAAAAGCUGGUGAUAGCAGCUCGGAAGCAUUGGAAGAAGAGGAGGAAACCGAAUAUGAUAUGAAUGGAAUAACUAUCCAAGCAAAAAGAAAAAAGAGAGGAGCUGGCGAGAAGGGAACAUUUGAACCAGCGAACUCGGCUUGUGAGUGCGACGAGGAAGACGGUUCCAAUGAAUGUGAAGAAAGAUCCACUGAAAAGCCAUCGGGCGAUAAUGAUAUGUGCAUUUGUGCUUUCGAUCGGCAGACCAACGAUGCGUGGCCGUGUCAUAGAAAAGAGCAGUGGACAAAUACUACAUGUCAAACGUGUGAUGAGCAUUAUUUAUGCAGCAAAAAAGCUAAGAAAGGAACCAAAAGAUCGGAACUCAAGAAGGAGCCGUGUAUUUGUGAGAGCAAGGGACUUUUCUGUAUUAAGCACGAACAUGCUGCAAUGGUAUUGAAUUUAUGGGAAUACUUUGGCGAUAGUGAAGAUUUCUCUGAAAUAUCCACAGAAGAAAGAGAAGCAUUGGGAUUUGGGAACAUGACAGAUGAAGUUGCCAUUGUAACAAAAGCCAAGGAAAAUAUAAUUUUCGCCAUGAGUGCUCUCUCGGAAGAGCAAAGAAUACUAAUGUCGCAAGCUAAACACAAUUUGAUCCAUAAAUGCUCAUUCAAUGGAAAACCAUGUGAUAUCGACCAAGAUUUUGAGCUAGUUGCAGACCCUACAUUUGGAAACUGUUUUGUUUUUAAUCACGACAGAGAGAUUUUCAAGUCCAGUGUGAGAGCUGGACCACAAUAUGGCUUGCGCGUAAUGCUAUUUGUAAACGCGAGCGACUAUCUGCCAACUUCCGAAGCCGUCGGCAUACGAUUGACCAUUCAUGACAAAGACGAUUUCCCAUUCCCGGACACUUUCGGCUACUCGGCACCAACCGGUUACAUCUCGUCGUUCGGCAUGCGCAUGAAGAAGAUGAGUAGAUUACCUGCGCCGUAUGGGGAUUGUGUAGAGGAUGGUGCCACGUCAAACUACAUCUACAAGGGUUAUGCAUACUCAACAGAAGGUUGCUAUCGUACUUGUUUUCAAGAACUGAUUAUUGAUAGAUGCGGAUGCAGUGAUCCACGAUUUCCGUCGAUCGGGGGUGUUCAACCGUGUCAAGUGUUCAAUAAAAACCACAGAGAGUGCCUUGAAAAGCACACACAUCAAAUUGGAGAAAUUCACGGAUCAUUCAAGUGUCGGUGCCAACAGCCAUGCAAUCAAACUAUUUACACAACUUCUUAUUCUGAAGCCAUUUGGCCAUCCCAAGCAUUAAACAUCAGUCUGGGACAGUGCGAAAAAGAAGCGGAGGAAUGCAAUGAGGAAUAUAAAGAAAACGCGGCAAUGUUAGAGGUUUUCUACGAGGCACUAAACUUUGAAGUUCUAUCAGAGUCUGAAGCUUAUGGUAUUGUAAAAAUGAUGGCUGAUUUUGGAGGACACCUUGGACUUUGGUCAGGAGUUUCUGUUAUGACUUGUUGUGAGUUUGUGUGUCUAGCCUUUGAGCUGAUAUACAUGGCAAUUGCACAUCACAUAAACCAGCAGAGAAUUCGACGACGAGAAAAUGCUGCAAAUGAGUAUUGAGAGCCAUGAGAAAAAAGGAGGUGCAACUCAUUUUAUUUUAUUUUCAUUUUCCGAUAUUAAACGAAUGUAGCAGAUGCACCUUUUUAAUGUUUAAAAAAAUUUUGUAACCAAAACUGAAAAAUUAAAUCUAGUUCUGUUAUCAUUAUAUAAUUCGGAAAAUAAAUUUCUUAUUUCAUUUUUUGGGUACACACUUUUGCAUUUUUUUUUUGUAAUUCUUAUUUUUAUUUCAUUGUGGGAAAAUAUAAA